AUGGGCUUUGAAGGCGGGUUUUUCGUCUACGCUGCCGUGGUGCUUGUCGCUUUGGUGAGCACCGUGGUCAGCAUUGGGCUAACCAUUGCGAUCAUAAUACCGUUCGUCGGUACACUCACGUUACUGCGUGCAAACUACUUGCCCAUGGCUGUGUCCUUGGACAAUGUGCUCUUGGACGGCCGCGAAGACGAGCUCGAGCAGCGAUCUGUCUUGCGGUCGAUGUUUUUGCGUGCACAGCGAUCGUCUGCUAAAAUCGGGCCUGUCGUGCGCGGUGUGUUUCCCAUGAUGGCUCGUGUGCGGAGAUUGGAAGGCUGGCGCGGCCUGUACAAAGGAAGUACAGUGCUUGCCGUCGGCGGGUUUAUCACUGCGAUACCGACCAUACUGGUCGCUAUCUACAGUGCGCGCUCUGGAAACUUUGGGAGAGAUGAGCAAUAUACAGCCUUCUCACCGUUCCGGACAAUGGUAUCCAAAGUGAUCCUUGCUAUGGUUUCGCUCCCUUUUGACGUGGUGUUGAAACGCACCAUUGUUCAUCCCCGCCGCUUGGAUUGGUUCAAAUUCCGGUCGAGCCUGCGGGAGAUUCUGUGCAAGGAAGAGUACGAGCAGCCUUGGCGUUUGUACUUGCUUCCUGGCGUCGUCCCGGCGUUGUUGCUCCGUGUCGCCGUUAUUGAGUACGCUACCAUGGCGAUUGGCUUUGUCAUUUUCAACGACUGGAUCCCAGACGAGCCCGGGCUGACGGAUCCAAACAAGGACGAUUUCCAUGGCCGGACCUCGGAAUCGACCAUGUCGGCCAUGUUUGGCUAUACGUUGCUCCUGCUCUGGUGCAUGGCCAUUCAGUUUGCAGUCGUGCCACUAGAAUGCAUCACCGUACGGCUCACUACCCAGCGUCCUGUGGACCAACAGCCGCUGCACAUUGCGUUCGCUCAGCAAGCACAGCCAGAAGGCCCUUCUGCAGUGAGCCACCAGGCUACGGCCGCCCCGCCGCAAGAAGUGCGUGCCACAAGAGAGCCCGAGCCUUUCACAGACGAGGCGGAAGAAGAUUCGGAGACUGCACCAGCGCUUGGGGAGCAUGACACAGAAACGUGUAUCACCGUCGAGGAGGACGCACGGAUGACAGAGCCGGUGAUUGCUUUGCGCCCUUGCGAUGAGCCCGACAAUAACGCCGAAGCGUUCUUUGGUGCCUCGCCCGUCGAGCGCUACACGGGCAUUGUCGACUGCUUCCAGAAGAUGGUGGCGGAAGAAGGCUACGAGAGUCUAUUACGUGGUAUCGUAUUCAGCAUCGCCCUCACCGUGACUAUGUACAUACUUCCAUUUGGACUCCAGGCGUUCCCCGUCUAG